ACACUUGGCGGCUGAUUUUUGUGGCUUGAAGGCUCAUUUUAUUCCGUUUUUUAAACCAUUUGUUCGUCAUUGAAAUAUUUUGUCAAGGCUAUAACCCUCGUGCGGAUCUACCCGUGCAGUUAAAAACAUUCUACAUCCACGAGACCUCCCUAUUUAUUAUUCCACUUAUGAAUGGAGCUGCGCGCUGCAUCUGGUUAACGACGCCGUCCUUGUUUUACUUCACCCGGAUCAAGCUUCUUCUUCCUGGAUUGCUUUUGACGUGGACCCAUCAUCCAACAUGAAACUGGGCUUGUUGGUCGAGGCUGCUGUGGCUCUUUAUCUGCUGCUCUCACCUGCACAGAGCCUACCCAUGUCUAGUGUCAACAGCACAACUAAUGCCACCCCCACCGUGUUGAUGUUCCAAGAAGUGUGGGCUCGAAGCCUGUGUCGCACCAUCGAAAAGCUGGUGGAGGUGGUGCAAGAGUACCCGUCAGAGGUCGAGUACAUCUACAGCCCCGCCUGUGUGCCUCUGGUGAGGUGUGCAGGCUGCUGCGGAGACGAGAAGCUGGAGUGCCACCCCACUCUCACCACUAAUGUGACAAUGCAGCUAUUGAAAAUCAAGCCAGCAGAGCUUGGCGAGGAAUAUGUUGAGAUGACCUUUGUGGAGCAUCAGACAUGUGAAUGUAGAGUCAAAAAUCCAGUUGUCAAGGUUGAAAGAAAAAGACAAAGAGGAAAAGGACGUAGGAGAAAGGAGAAACAAAAAACGAAAGACUGUGACAGGUGCCAGAUCCCUCGAAGGUAACUGCAGCAGCCCGACAAAGCCCUUUUGCAGUGUGGCUCACUAUUUAUUCCCAGCCCAGUGGCAGCGUCAAGUCUCUUUUCGCUCACCUUUCAAUACUGAGUGUGCAGCCAGAGACUCCAAACGUCUGGGUUGUUGAGAAGACACGCCCGUCUGGUGAUGAGCGCAGUGUUUGUGAUGACAAGGUUCGACAGAAAAUCUGUUUUAAUUGCUGAUAAGCUUGUUGUUGCAAGGCUGACACGUUGGACACCUGGGAGUGCAAGUGCAAUGUAGGACUAAACAGACUAGUUAUCACUGUAUCAGGUAUGGUAAUUGGUACAUUUCUUUGGUAUUUAAAGGUUCUUACUCAUGUUUAAUAUCUAUAUUUAUUGAUAGAAACAGCAAAGUAAAAAUGGACCAAAAGGUCGUUUUUUAUAAACUUGGCUUCACUAAUAACUAAAGUGAAAUGUCUCCCUCUAGUGUCUGGUGAAAAAAACAAUGUUAGUAUUGUUGUAUGACAUGCACCAAAGUACAGUGCAGUGAGAUAUUAGUUUAUUUUGAAUUAACACAGGGAAUAUUUAAAUAAACUUUGUGCAAGAGUUGAUAAUAUUCUGCAUCAUGUGACCUAACAAUUAGUUCAGACCUAAAAAUGACCAGUGAAUUUUAUGAACCAAAGC